AUGUGCACAAGGAUCAUUACGUAUGAAAUGGUUUCCCCUACGAGGUUUAAUGUCAUGAAAUGCAACUGGAUCGUUCUCAAAGCAGAAGCAGGAUAUUGCGUGGCCAAAGCCUACACGGACUACUUCGGCCAGUAUGACUACUACAGCAACUACUAUGACAAGGACGGAGAACCCCCGACUUUCUUGGCUCGAUCGCAGACUUUCACCGUAGAAAUCGGGCAGUCGGUGAUCAUCCCGUGCGACGUGGAGAACACAGGCAGCAACAAACUGAUCAUCAAGAAGCUCCCCGCCCGCGGAGGCUCCGAGAAGCUGCUGGCCGUGGGCGGCGCGAAGGUGACCACUGACCGGCGCAUCCUGGUGGACGGGUCGCGCCUCACCAUCACCCACGCCCUUCCUCGAGACGCCGGCACCUUCCUCUGCCACUUCGACCUGGAGCCACCCUUGCAGCUGCGACACACCCUCGACGUGCAGUCCGCGCCCUCGGUCAAGUCGCUCUCGCCGCCCGAGCAGGUGAUCAAGAAGGGGGAGGAGGUCGUGUUGCAGUGCAAGGCCCACGGCAACCCCACGCCCAUCAUCCGCUGGUCCAGGCAGGAGGGGUUCAUGCCCUCGGGGAAGACCACGGAGCAGGGCCAGAACGUGACGCUAAAGGACGUAGAUCGCCAUGUCGACGGAACGUACCUGUGCACGGCAGACAACGGCAUCGGUGAACCUGCUUCGGCCCGGAUGGUCGUCACGGUGGAGUACCCCCCCGAGAUCUCCACAGAGAAGGACGUCGUUCGCAGCACCGAGGGCGAGACGGUGGAGCUCCUGUGCCUCGUCCACGGCCGCCCCGUUCCCACCGUAGGCUGGACCCACGACGGAGCCGCCCUUCCUGACACCCACAUGGAUUCCGAAGUGGACACGCCCCAAGACUACGCCCACGAUGUCUACGACGCCCACACGACCCAGAGCCACGUGUCGCACCGCCACACGCUCACCAUACAGAACAUAACCGACGUUGACUUCGGCUCGUAUAUGUGCAUCGCGGAGAACACACACGGGGUCACCAACGCCACGAUACAGCUGACAGGUCUCCCCAUGUCCCCUAUGUUCACCAGCAGUCCGAAUGGGGAAGAGAGUCAUAGGUACACACUCACAUGGGGCACCGAGAGUCUUUCCCCCAUAACGGAGUUCGUCAUCAAAGUUCGCAAGAGUCUCACAAGCCCCUGGCAGAACACGACCGUCGUCACGACCCCCGCCACGUGGAAGGUCGUUACUCGGACCGUGGACCCUUCCCUGGCACAGGAGAAGAACCACCUUCACUAUACGAUGGAUUUUACGCUUGCUGAGCUCGAGGUGGCUACGGACUACACAGUGGUGGCGAAGGUCAAGAAUAAGUAUGGGUGGUCGCCCCUGUCCGAGCCGUUCGUGUUUUCGACCAAGAAGGGAAAUGAAGCCAUGGCCGUUCUGCAGUCGACCAAUGACGCAACACUCCACUCCUCCACCGCCAGCUUCUGCCGCCUCUCAGUCAUCGCUUCUGUCUUCGCUCUGUGGCGGAGCCGUUGUACUUGGAUCUAAAUGUUUCGUAGUUUUAUAUUCUGUGAGUGAUAGUUUAAUCAUAAUUAUAUUUAAAAAAAUAUAUGAUAAGAGGAAGGAGGAGGAGAGAGACAGAGAGGAAAAGAGAGAGAACGGUAGAUAGGAAGGAGGUCAGGAAUACUGUUAGGGUUCUAGAGAUUUCUUUCUCUAAGUCGUGUUCUUGAGGGUGUUUAGUCACAGUUGGUGAAAAGAUUGAUGAUAGAAGAUUAUUAAAAAAAUGAAAUAAGACAAAAAAAAAUAUAUGACACAUGUGGCUGUUGUUGCUAUGAGUGUUUCUUUUAGGGUUAUAGUUUUUUCGAUAUGUUCCAUGAAAUGGAUAAAAUCCUAAUAUUCAGUGUUGUCGAUGGAUGUGUGUGUAAACUGUGCUUGACGGAUGUUCAUCUGCUUACGGAAUAGGAAGAAAGAGAGAGAGAGAGAGAGAGAGAGAGAGAGAGAGAGAGAGAGAGAGAGAGAGAGAGAGAGAGAGAGAGUACAGAUUAACAUAGCUUUGAAAGCAUAACUGUAUAAAACUAUUUCUGUUCCAUUGUAUAAUGCAUAUCGGUUUCGAAUUAUUGUGUGAUAAAAUAUCCAGACGAGAAUGAUAAAAUACAAAUGAACAUUACACUUUUUUUUACACUAUUUUAUUUGUUUUCUGGUCAAAUUUCCGUGAUCCAAUAUAGAGAUUGCCUGAUGUACACCAAGCGCGCUGUUAACCGGAGUGACAAAUUUAUAUACAUGCACAAAUCCAGUCGGAACUCCAUGGCACUGACGCCGGUGCCAUUUUAUGAAGCAUUAAUUUUGUGUGUAUGAUCUGUCUAGCUGCGUAUUAAAAGAAAAAAAAAACGUUGCGUAUCGCUACGUAGCGAUAUAUAUAAAUAUAUAUACAUAAAAGCUCAAUUUUUACCAAAGACUGAUAGAAAACAGUAUAAGAUACAUCAAAGUUUUUAUUGUCAUUUCUGUAUUGUCAUAAGAUAGGUAGGAUUUAACUCACAGUGUACAUGCUCAUGUCAACACUGCGUAACACUAGCAGAGCCAUUUCUAUCCUCUUGUCGUCAUUGUAAAUUCGCAAGUUUAAACCUAGCGAAUUUUUCCGCUAGAGACAAUCCCACAGAAAAAAGGGAAGAUUGCAGUAUUGACUGAUGGUAAAUUUUAAACUUUAA